CGGUAUUACAUAAUAUCACCCAGACCACGAACAGAGGUCCCGAACAGAUGGCCAGUGACAAGCUCAAGUCGCCUAUCUAUACCGCCUUGGGGGCUGAAUUGAAGGCUGAUCUCUCAGUGACCUGUAACCUCUGACCUGUAACCUCUGACCUCGUGUCUCAGCCCUCUGAGAAAUUUUGUAGUUUCUUGUUAAAACCAGCAUGGCUUCGCAACGGAAUGUCGUCCUCGCAAUGGAUGGAAGCGACCAUUCCAUGUACGCAUUUGACUGGUAUUUGAAGAACAUCCAUAAGGCCCAUGAUCACGUGAUCAUUGUCCACUGUCCGGAGUACCAUGCAGUCAUGCAAGCACCGAUGGUGUUAGCCGACGCCACGGCAGUCUCAGAGAUCAUCGCGGAGGAGGAAAGGAAGAUCAAGGCGCUGCUCAAUGACUUCGGGGAGAAACUCAGGAGCGCUGGGAUUGGCGGCAAAGUAAAGAGCGUGGGUGGUCAACCAGGAGAGGUGGUGGUGCAGGUUGCCGAGGAAGAGGGCGCAAGUCUCAUCAUAACAGGCACCCGGGGAAACGGCACCAUUCGCCGCACCCUCAUGGGCAGCGUCAGCGACUUCAUCGUACAUCACAGCCACGUCCCCGUGCUUGUGUGUCGCCGGAAGGGACAUGGUCAUGAACACUAGAUCAAGCACUCUCCUCCCACCGAGCACCUGCUGGUACUACUCACUGGAGACAAGGAUACCCGGAUAGUGGACCUGUUCCAUGGUUACCAACAAGCAAUCAAGCGAUUUCGUAUCUGUGGUUUGAUGUUCUUAAGACUGUCAAGACAAUUUUUGCGUCUUUUAGUGAACUAGUCAGUGUAUAAUGUCUGGGAAUAACACUUAUAAAGACCGUGCUCCACAAACUGCCAUACUUGAACAUAGGCUUAGUACAUUCGCAGUGCUCCACAAACUGCCGUACUUUAACAUAGGCUUAGUACACUCGCAGUGCUCCACAAACUGCCGUACUUUAACAUAGGCUUAGUACACUCGCAGUGCUCCACAAACUGCCAUACUUUAACAUAGGCUUAGUACACUCGCAGUGCUCCACAAACUGCCAUACUUUAACAUAGGCUUAGUACACUCGCAGUGCUCCACAAACUGCCAUACUUUAACAUAAACUUAAUACACUCGCAGCGCUUAGUUCGCUUUGUGCAUCAGGGCACUGGUUCCUGCCAGUGUUAUUCUUUGUGCGUCCUUCCAUUAACUGCUGGAUCGAUAACACAUGAGUCUGCAGACAGUGUGGAGUUUGGACGCACCGAGUCAAACGUGCUAGGACUACCAGGUGCGCUGAUUCUUAUCGGCUUUAAUAGUCGUUCAUAUUACUCUCUGCCAAGGAAUAUUGUAUUGUACAUAUUAUAUAUUAUAAUUACCAUUAAGAAUAGUAGGAAUGUCUAUACCUCGGCUUGUACGGGCUCUUGGGCGUGAAAUAACCUCCUUUAAGACAGACAAAUCUUUGUCGUGGAAGACAAACGGACUGCACUAAGUAUUGUUUAACGCUACCUUUAGCAGUGUUCCAGCAAUAUCACAGCGGGGGACACUAGAAAUUGGGUUUUCGGCAGGACGAGAGUGAAAUUAAUUUCUAUUGGCCCCCUUUGAUAGUGAAACAGUUAGGUACACUACCUUACCAUAACAUCGAUACCCCGACAUAGAGUGUUCCUUUAUUUCUUUCCGUCAGUAUAAUCAAUUUUCUACUUGUACCAAAUCAGAGUUUUAUUGGUUCAUAUUGUUUGAAAUAUACCUAUGUAAUAUACCGUCGGUAUAUAUUUCUUUAACUGAAUCAUAUUUAGAAUGUGUAAAUGGAGAUAUAGUGACGAAUAAAAUAACAUAUUUGUGAAGCAGUAGCAACAAAAUACCAUUGGAAAUUAUUCAAAUCCUUUGAUACUCAUCCAUUUGUAAAAUAAAACGUUAUUUCGUGA